GUUUUCGCAAUAAAUAGCCCACCGUAGGCUACGGUUAGUCAGUACAAUUUUCGGUUUCAAAAUUUAACCUGCAGUAAAAUGUCAGCCAAGAGGACUACGGGAAGUCGCAGCAGCAGCAGCAGCAGCAGCAGCAGCAGCAGCAGUAGGAAUAGCAUCAGAACGAUGCAACAUAGGAUUCGUUGGCUAAUUGCCAACGCUCCAACAUUACUUAUGAUGUUGGAGCAUGUCUCCUGGGCCAUGGAGGCAAUAAAUACACUGCCAUCGCUGCCACCACUUGCUGCUAUGCAGCAAUUAUAUGAAGGGAUUAGGCCAGGAAGCUCUUCGCCCAACCCUGCCCGACGAACGAGACCCAGCUCUUCACCCAGCACUGCCCGCCGAGAGUCUAGUUCGAGCUCCAGUAGCAGCACCUCAUCUAGUUGCGAGUCAUGCAACUCGGUGAUUUAA